AUGUCUUACUACGAGCAGUGCAAGCAGCCCUGCCUGCCCCCUCCCAUCUGCGUGCAGAGAUGCAGGCAGCGCGUGGAGCCCUGCAGCAACAUCUGCGUGAAGCCGUGCCCCACGCAAUGCGUGGAGGUCUGCCAGAACCCCUGUGCCUCUGAGUGCACCACGUGCUGCACCACCCAGUGCGUGGAGCCCUGCAGCACCCAGUGCAGCACCCAGUGUGUCACCCAGUGCGUGGAGCCUUGCAGCACCCAGUGUGUCACCCAGUGCGUGGAGCCUUGCAGCACCCAGUGUUGUGUCACCCAGUGUGUGGAGCCUUGCAGCACCCAGUGCAGCACCCAGUGUGUGGAGCCUUGCAGCACCCAGUGCAGCACCCAGUGCGUCACCCAGUGCGUGGAGCCUUGCAGCACCCAGUGCACCACCCAGUGUGUGGAUGUCUGUCCCCCUACAUGCGUUGAUGCCUGCAUCAAGCCCUGUGCCACCCAGUGCCCGACGCAGUGCCCGGUUCCGUGCGUGGAGCAGUGCAGCACCCAGUGCAGCACCAAGUGCGUGGAGCCCUGCCCAGCACCAUGCGUGGAGGUGUGCACCAAGAAGUGCGUGGAUACAUGCGAGACCGUGUGCCUGGAGCCAUGUGGCACCGUCUGCACUCGCCCAUGCUAA